UUAAAUGGUUACCGUAGUUACCGAACUGUUAAUCAGCUGAUUGAUUGUUAUUGUUUUUGGUUUUGGUUUUUUUAGUUUUGUUUAUUUGUUGACAACAUGUUAAUUGUCGGGGUUAAAUUGCUUCGUUCACAUGGAUCAAACAAUUUAUUGACUAUUUCCCGAAGUUGGCAUUCAAAUGUGUCCAGGCUUAUUAAACCUUCAAAAGUUUUCCAGUUCAAAUCAAAUGUUGGUCAACAAUUAAAAGCCCAUGGACUUAAAUUGAGUUUCGCUUCCACUUUAAUUGGUCUUUCUGGUUAUUCCCUGGCCAAUUUAGUUCGAGUUAAUUGUGAAAUUGGUCAACAUGUCGAAACUGAUGUAACUCAAAUCAUCGAGUCCAAAACUGUCCCCGAAAAGGAUGAAACGAGUGACCACUUUAGAUGGUCAAGAAUUUGGACUUUCAUAGCAAACGAUUACAUUUUACUAAUUGUUUCAAUUGCUAGUGCGUUUUGUGUCGCUAUGCUCAACAUUAAAAUCCCAUUGGCACUUGGAUCGAUCAUCAAUGACCUGAGCAAAUACAUUAAUGGAACUAAUCAAUGGUCAAUUAGUGAAUUGUUAUCCGAAAUUAAGAGUCCAGUUUAUACUUUACUCCUUUACAUCUUACAGAGCUUAGGUACAUUCAUCAAUCUAUCGACAUUAUCAAUUAUCGGUGAGCGAAUGGCUCUUAAUCUAAGAAUUAAAUUGUUCCAAUGUAUUCUUGAUCAGGAUGUUGAAUUUUUCGAUCAACAUUCAACCGGUGAUAUAAUUAGUCGGCUAACAACUGAUGUCCAAGAAUUUAAAAGUUCAUUUAAAUUGAUUAUUUCUCAAGGAAUCAGAAGCAUAACUCAGGUUGUUGGUUCAGCGAUUUCACUUUAUUCACUUUCGUCUAAAAUGACGCUCACUUUGGGACUAGUUCUACCGGCGAUGGUUUCGAUCGGCAAUUUUGGACUCUAUUUGAAGCAAUUAUCAAACGAAUGUCAAAAACAGAUUGCAAGAGCCACCGAGGUUGCGAAUGAAUCAAUUGGAGAUAUUAGAACUGUUAAAGCAUUCGCUUUGGAAGAUCAGGAAUUUCAAUCUUUCUCUCAUGAGAUGAGUUUAACUAAUCAAAUGAACGUUUCUCUUGGAAUUGGAAUCGGCAUUUUCAGGGGAAUCACCAAUUUAGCUCUUAAUGGAUUAGUUCUUGGGACACUAAUGAUGGGAGGUUAUCUUGUUUCGAUCGGCGAUGUUACUCCAGGAAGUUUGAUGUCUUUUCUUGUAGCGAGUCAAACUGUCCAACGGUCAUUAGCUCAAUUGUCUCUCCUUAUUGGUCAAUAUAUUCGCGCUUGUAGUGCUGGUGAAAGGAUCUUCGAGUUUAUUGAUUCCAAGCAUAAAAUUCCAGCUAUUGGUGGAUCAACUUUAGCCUUUCCCACCGGUGACAUUCAAUUUGAAAAUGUCCAAUUUGCAUACCCCACUCGUCCUGGUCAAACUGUUCUAAACAAUUUCAACCUUGACCUUCAACACGGAACCGUAACUGCAAUUUGUGGACUAUCAGGAUCUGGUAAAUCGACAAUCGCUGGAUUGAUUGAAAGAUUUUACGAUGUAAAUGGAGGUUCGAUUAAAAUUGAUGGUACUGAUGUUAAAUGUUUAGACUGUCGCUGGUUACGAGGUUCCUUGAUUGGUUACAUAAAUCAAGAACCAACUUUAUUUGCAACAACAAUUAGAGAAAAUAUUAGAUUCGGAAAACCCGAUGCAUCAGAUGAUGAAGUUUACGAAGCCGCUAAAUUAGCAAAUGCCGAUGAGUUUAUAAAACAAUUUCCCGAUGGUUAUGAUACUCAAGUUGGCGAAAGAGGAUUGGCCGUUUCGGGUGGACAAAAGCAGCGGAUUGCAAUCGCUCGAGCGAUACUCAAAAAUCCAACAAUUUUAAUCCUUGACGAAGCGACAAGUGCCCUUGACGCUUCGGCCGAGAAAUCAAUUCAAGAAGCACUUGAAAAAGUAAUGAAGGGAAAAACAGUUCUGAUUAUUGCCCAUCGUCUUAGUACAAUUCAAAAUGCCGAUAAAAUUGUGGUCCUAUCGAAGGGUAAAAUAAUCGAGACAGGAUCGCAUUCAGAAUUGAUCAAAAAGAAAGGAGUUUAUUUUAAUUUAAUUAUGCAACAAGCGCAAGACAAAUGAUGAAAUUGUUGUAAUUGUUAUGUAUUAAUACUUAUUGGGAAUGAUUGUUGAUUAAAUGUUUAUUAUUAUUAUCGAAGUGUAAA